AUGAUUGUUGGUGAAAGUGGCUCGGGUCGUUCGACAUUGAUCAAUACCUUAUGUGGCGGCAACUCAAUAGUGCCAACUUCUUCCACUAUCAAAGAAGAUCCGUUUACCAGGAAAUUGACUUUGAGGCACGAAAAUGUCGAAUUGGAAGAUAAUGAAGGCCACAAGAUUAGUCUUAAUAUCAUAGAUACGCCAAAUUUUGCUAAUCAAAUAAAUUGUAACGAUGAUUUCAGAAUCAUUGUUGAUUUCAUUCGUCACCAGUUUGACGAGGUGUUAUUGGAAGAAUCUAGAGUCAAACGUAAUCCAAGAUUCAAAGAUGGUAGAAUUCAUGUGUUGAUUUAUCUUAUCAAUCCAACUGGUCAUGGAUUAAGUGAAAUUGAUGUGAAAUUUUUAAAGCAUAUUAACAAUUUAGUCAACAUAUUACCAAUUAUAUCAAAAGCUGACUCCCUAACCAAAGACGAAUUGAAGUUGAAUAAAAAAUUGAUUUUAGAGGAUUUGAAUAAUUACGGUAUCAAUUAUUAUAAAUUCAACGAGUAUGAGUAUGAAAAGGAUUAUAUCGAUGACGAGAUUAUUGAGUAUAACAAGUAUUUAAACUCACUAUUACCAUUUGCAAUUAUUGGUGCUAAUGAGUACAGAAAGAAUAGUGCAAGUGACAAGCAUGUUGCUGCCGCUGCUGCUGCUUCUUCUUCUUCUCGUAAGAAGCACGAUGGAGAUGAUGAUGACGACACCGAGGCCGACGACGAUAUUGAUGUUGACGAUAUCAUCAAGCUCAGAGUGUUGAACAAGGAUCUCAAGCCAAUCAAUAUUGACGAUCCCGAUAUAAAUGAUUUCACAAUAUUGAAAAAUGUGAUUCUCAUUACCCAUCUCAAUGAAUUCAAAGAUAUUACUCAUGAUCAGAUUUAUGAAAAUUACAGAACUGAGGCAUUAUCAGGUAAACAGUUCCACUACAUGAACAAAAAUAACUCUGAUGAUGGAAGUUAUAGGUCAUAUACUACAAGUGCCCAAAACUUGUCUGAUCAUGCCAAUGGUAAUGGUACCAACGGAAGCAGUAGCAAUGGCCAUCACCAUCACAACAACAACAAUAACAACAAUAACAACAACAACAACAACAACUAUCUAAAUAACGGCUCAGAUACAGGUGCAACCCCACCCUCGGAUUAUCUAAUGAAGGAAGAACAAAUUCGAAUGGAAGAAGAAAGAUUAAAGAAAUUUGAAGAGCGCGUACAUCAAGAUUUAAUUACAAAGAGACAAGAGUUGUUGGAUAGAGAAAAUGAGUUGAAGGAAAUUGAAAAGAGACUAUUAGCUGAAGGGUUGAAAUUGAAUGAAAAUGGUGAUGUCGUUAAGGUUGAAGAUUAA